AGAUUGCUCUUGUACUCUUUCCCCAUCUUGGCCGACUCAACCAAACGCCUGCAUUCAGAUAAAGUCUCACUUCCGCCGCAGCCACCUCGACCACUCUUCGAGAGUGCGAGCUAGUUGUAGAUCGGCGAGGCCGUCUCCGUUCGCACAAGCCAGACCUCUUCGCGCCGGCAAUGGACAGGCUCGGCGCGAAUCCGGCGAACUCGUGCCCGCUGACGCCGCUUGGCUUCCUGGAGCGCUCGGCCACCGUCUUCGGCGAUUGCCACUCCGUCGUGUACCACGACACGGUCUUCACCUGGUCCCAGACACACCGGCGAUGCCUCCGCCUCGCCUCCGCGCUCGUCUCUCUCGGCAUCAACCGCGGCGACAUCGUGUCCGUGCUGUUGCCCAACGUGCCGGCCAUGUACGAGAUGCAGUUCGGAGUGCCCAUGAGCGGCGCCGUGCUCAACAACAUCAACAUGCGCCUGGACGCGCGCACGGUCGCCGUCCUGCUCCGCCACUCCGGCUCCAAGCUCGUCUUCGUGGACCCGGCGUCUCUAACGCUUAUCAGAGACGCGCUGAAGCAGCUCCCGCAGGGGCACCCGGCACCGCGCGUCAUCCCCGUCGAGGAUCCCCACGAGAAGGGGCUCCCUGCCGCCCCGCCCGGGUCACUGACGUACGAGGGGCUUCUCGAGAAGGGCGACCCGGAGUUCGCGUGGGUUCGGCCGGCCAGCGAGUGGGACCCGAUGGUACUCAACUACACCUCCGGCACGACGUCGGAGCCCAAGGGGGUGGUGCACUGCCACCGCGGGAUCUUCUUGAUCACGCUCGACUCGCUCAUUGAAUGGGCGGUCCCGCCGCAGCCGACGUACCUGUGGACGCUGCCCAUGUUCCACGCCAACGGCUGGAGCUUCCCAUGGGGGAUGGCCGUGGUGGGCGGCACCAACGUCUGCCUGCGCCGCGUCGACGCCGCCGAGGUGUACGCCACCAUCGCGGGCCGCGGCGUCAGCCACCUCUGCGGCGCGCCCGUCGUGCUCAACAUGCUGGCCAACGCCCCGGAGGGCGUGCGGCGGCCGCUCCCGGGGAAGGUGCGCAUCCUAACUGCCGGCGCGCCACCGCCGGCUGCCGUGCUGCACCGCACGGAGUCCAUCGGGUUCGAGGUCAUCCACGGGUACGGGCUGACCGAGACGGCGGGGCUGGUGGUCUGCUGCGCGUGGAAGGGGGAGUGGAACAAGCUCCCCGCGUCGGAGCGCGCGCGGCUCAAGGCGAGGCAAGGCGUGCGCACGCCUGGCAUGGCCGAGGUGGACAUCGUCGACGGCGAGACCGGGCGCAGCGUCCCCCGCGACGGGUCCACGAUGGGCGAGAUCGUGCUCCGCGGCGGCUGCGUCAUGCUCGGCUACCUGGACGACGACAAGGCCACCAAGGCGGCGAUACGCGACAACGGGUGGUUCUACACGGGGGACGUCGGCGUGAUGCAUCCUGACGGGUACAUGGAGAUCCGCGACCGGUCCAAGGACGUGAUCAUCAGCGGCGGGGAGAACAUCAGCAGCGUGGAGGUGGAGUCCGUGCUGUACAGCCACCCAGCGGUGAACGAGGCCGCGGUGGUGGCACGGCCGGACGAUUUCUGGGGAGAGACGCCGUGCGCAUUCGUGAGCCUCAAGGAGGAGGGAUCGACGGCUGCCGAUGUCAUCGCGUGGUGCCGCCAGCGCAUGCCACACUACAUGGUGCCGAGAACGGUGGUGUUUCGCGACGAGCUGCCAAAGACCUCCACCGGCAAGAUCCAAAAGUACGUGCUCCGCAACCUUGCCAAGGAGAUGGGGUCAACCCACAAGGGCGCCAGCAGAAUUAGCAAGAUGUAGAGGACUGUCGUCUUGCUUGGCGUGCUUUGCUGCAAGCUGUAGCAUGGGGCUGACACGCAUCUCAAUCUCAUUGAGAUCGACAACUACUCAGAAUAG